AUGGACAACCCCAUAACGCCAGGCCACUCAUUGGCACCCUCUAAGCUUCAUCUUGACAAUCCAGCAACACCCGUCCUACAAACUACAGCCAGAAACCUACCACUACCUCCACCGCGGGUAAACAAAUUGGUUCAAGAUGUCAUUGGAAAUCAAGUCCUCAAACAGCCCGCAGCUACGGCUGUUGCCUCACCAGCCAUGAGUCUCACCUACAAAGAACUCGACGAGAGCUCUUCGCGGCUGGCCACACAGAUAUCGUCUUCAGGUGUAAGCCCAGGCUCUAUCGUACCAAUCAUUCAUGAAAAGUCUGCCAUUACCAUCGUUGCCAUGCUUGCGAUUCUCAAGUCUGGAUGCGCAUUCACUGCUCUGGACGUAUCCCACCCAACACAAAGACUGUUGGAGAACAUCGAGGACACGAACGCCCCCAUUCUGCUCCUCUCUACCAAACAAGCCGCACGCUUCAACGGCCUCAUCGACAUUCCCGCCAUCAAACUAUCCAACGACGUGUUUUCCGGCUCCAGCACUACCUUCACCGCUGCACCAGGCAUAUCUCCUAGUAACUUAAUGUACACAAUCUUCACCUCAGGCAGCACCGGCCGCCCCAAGGGCGUCAUGAUCGAACACGCAGCCUGGCUCACCAGCGCCGUCGCAUACGGCGCCGACCAAGAGCUCAGCCCCAGCUCGCGCGUCCUGCAAUUCGCCUCGUACGCCUUCGACAUGUCCGUCAUGGAGAUAUUCACGACCCUCGUCUUCGGCGGCUGCGUCUGCGUGCCGGCGGAGGAAGAUCGUUACGGCAGGAUCCAGGAGUUCGUCAAUGAGACUGGCGUCAACACACUCAUGUUGACGCCUUCUUACGCCAAGCUGUUGGACCCCACUGCAAUGCCUGGUGUCAGGAUGCUCGUUACGGGGGGCGAGGCUGUCCCGAGUGACUUGGUGCAGCUGUGGAAUCGUCACGUCAAAGUCUACAUUGCGUAUGGUCCGACUGAAGCUUCGAUACAAGCUGCAGGCGCGAAGCUCGAUAUCGGAACUCAAUCAGUCCCAUCCGGGCUGAUUGGGCGUCCGACGGGCUGCAACCUGUGGAUUGUCAAGGAAGACAACCACAACGAGUUGGUUCCCAGGGGCGAGAUCGGCGAGCUGGUCAUUGAAGGAAACACUCUCGCAAGGGGCUACUUAAAUGACCAGGCAAAAACCUCAGCCUCCUUUGUGGACAUGUCGAUUGGCACGGACACCCGUCUCGUCUUCAAGACGGGCGACUUGGUUCGCCAGACGGACAACGGCGACAUUGUCUUUGUUGGCCGCAAGGAUACCCAGAUCAAGAUGCAGGGUCAACGCUUUGAGCUCGUUGAGAUCGAAGCACGGCUUUCCCACACUCUGCCUGCGGGAUCCAAGUGCUGCGUUGAUAAAGCUGCUGAGGGUCCGCACUUUCAGAACGGAGGUGCUAUUGUGGCCUUCCUCAGUGACUCGGUAAAAGUGUCAGACGGCGAGCGUUCAGAAAUCCUCUGGGACCUAGCCGAAGCCACGUUGGAGAGAUCUCUCGAGAUUAUCUCAAAGCUGGAGAAAGUGCUCCCAAAGCCAAUGAUCCCAACCCUCUAUGUGCCGGUAUCAUUCAUCCCCCUGACCAGCUCCCACAAGACAGACCGCAACGUCUUGCGACAGCUUAUAACAGCCCUAAGCUCCAAGGAGAUGCAACGACUCAGAAGGCUGGAUCGAUCCAGCGGCGAAUCCCGGGCUUUGACUGCUGACGAGUCAACUCUGCGAGAGCUAUGGGCAUUUGCCCUCAACAUGACGCCGGAAAGCAUCAGGCCCGAUGACAACUUCAUUCAGCUCGGCGGCGACUCGGUCACCAGCAUCAAACUGAUUGCAGCGGCUCGCAGCCGCGGCAUCUCGCUCACAUCAGCCACCGUCCUGUCAAAUCCAGUGCUGAGCGAGCAAGCCCGGAUGGCAAUCAACUCAGCCGCUGCCAAGCAUGACGACGACAUCCAGCCGUUUGGAUUGCUGGGGGAUCGUGCGCAGGAACUCCGCGCAACAGCAGCCGCCAUAUGCAGACUGCCCGUCGAGGAGAUCGAGGACGUUCUUCCCAUGACAAUCAGUCAAAUGCGGUGGUACGGCAAGACUUUGGUGAAGCCAGACGCGUGGAUAGACCACUAUCACUUUCAACUCCCCGACGACGUGGACCUCGUCAGAUUCCGCGCGGCCCUCAGCUCUGUCGUGCAAGCGGUUGACCUCCUUCGAGCGCGAGUUUUCGCCACCAGAGACAAGAAGCUAUUUCAGGCCAUUGUCAGGUUCCAUCCCAUCGAGGUGGUCGAUUCCAGUGACACAUUGGAAGCGUACCUGAGCCAGGAUCUCAAGACUCCCAUGGGCCUCGGUGCGCCGUUGAGUCGCUAUGCUAUUCUUCACCAUGACAGUUCCGCCCCAGUAUUUGUCUGGACGAUUCAUCAUGCCAUCUAUGACGGCUACUCUCUGCCCAUGCUGCUUCAAACCAUCCAGGACUUCUACCACGGCCUCCAACCAGCCCCCUUUACUCCAUUCAACCGCUACCUAAAAGGACCCGACGACAAGGAACUAGAGGACGGAGAGGCGUUUUGGGAGAGAUAUCUUCACCAAGCGUCAUGGACCAGGUUUCCCGUCUUG